ACGUCGUUGGCGCCGGCUUGGCCGCCCGCCAUCUUGGCCCCUGUGUGGAAGCGGCUGAGGCGCGGCGUCGCGGCGCCGGGAGCGGCAGCGGCCUCGCCGUGUCCGGGAGCCCCCGGGGAGGGCCGGAGCGCCGGCCCGCCGCGCUGUGCGCCAGGCAAAUUUUGAGGGGUGAGCAGGAAGUACCAGACUCGAUGAGUUUCCAUCGAAAUGUCGGAAAAGUCAGGCCAGAGUACAAAAGCAAAGGAUGGAAAAACAAAGUAUGCAACACUCAGUCUGUUUAAUACUUACAAGGGAAAGUCACUGGAAACUCAGAAAACCACAGUUGCUGCACGCCAUGGAUUACAGAGUCUUGGAAAAGUUGCUAUUUCAAGGAGGAUGCCUCCCCCAGCUAACCUCCCCAGUCUCAAAGCAGAGAACAAAGGCAAUGACCCUAAUGUGAACAUUGUGCCUAAAGAUGGCACAGGAUGGGCUUCAAAACAAGAACAGCAUGAAGAAGAAAAACAGCCAGAAGUGCCACAGGCACAGCCAAAACCUGCUGUUCCUGCUCCUCCAGAAGCAGCUCCUGUUGCCAAAUCAUGGGCCAACACCAAACCAGGUGGACAAGAUGGUCCAGCUAUUCAAGUAAAUAGUUAUUUCCAGCAAGAGUUUCCCAGUCUGCCGGCAGCUGGGGAUCAGGAAAAGUCAGGGAAAGAGAAAGAUACACCUGAAGAGCUCCACGGAUCAGGACCCAACUUGCGACCACAAAAUGCUACUAGUUGGAGAGAAGGUGGUAAUAAGAGCAACUCGCCCAGUUCUCCAACCGAUCAAGAAGCUAAGGCUCUUGGUCAAGAAGAUGGUAAUGCUACACCAGCAGAACAAAAUGAUGGCCAGAAGGCAGCAGAAAAGAGGGAUGUGCGGUUACCACAGGUCCCUCAGCCCAAGCUGAAUGGCCAGCAGCAACCGCCUAUCUCAUCUCAGUACAGAGCAAUGAUGCCACCUUAUAUGUUUAAUCAGUAUCCUAGAAUGGCAUAUCCUCCUUCCAUGCAAGGUCCAACAAGAUUUCCCAACUCUGAACCCAGCAGAGGGCCAAGGGGAAGAGGACCACCUUCAUGGUGUUCAGAACCUAUUGAGCGCCCAUCCAUUCUUAGUGCUAGUGAACUUAAAGAACUUGAUAAAUUUGAUAAUCUAGAUGCUGAGGCCGAUGAAGGCUGGGCUGGUGCUCAGAGUGAAGUGGAUUACACUGAGCAGUUGAACUUCAGUGAUGAUGAUGAGCAAGGAAGUAGUCAAAAAGAAAAGGAAAGUGGUGAUGAACAAACACCAUCAAAAGAUUCCCAGAGUCCUGAUGGCCAGAAGGAAACAGAAGAACAGACAGGUGCUAAGUCUGCUACACAGGUUUCCACAGCAGCAACCAAAGGGUCUUACGGCAAAAGCUCUCAGCUUGAUCAGGAUCGGGGUCCAGCACAGCCUUCUAUACAUGAAAGAGGUGGUCCUGCUCUUCAUCCAAAAUCUAUUCUACCACCGCACCCUCCUCCCCCUGAUCGCCAGGUAGGACCUGGAAGGCAGGGACCCUUUCCCCCUAAACCAGUACCAGAUGAAGAUGAAAUUUGGAAACAGAGGAGAAGACAGCAGUCAGAGAUAUCCGCUGCUGUUGAGCGAGCCCGUAAGCGGCGAGAAGAGGAAGAAAGAAGAAUGGAAGAACAGCGAAAAGCCGCUUGUGCCGAAAAGCUAAAACGGUUAAAUGAGAAAUUUGGCUGUGUGACAAAACCCUCCCGGGAAGACCCUCUGAAAGAGAGAGAGAGGGAAAGGGAAAGGGAGAGGGAGAGGGAGCGAGAGAGGGAGAGGGAAAGAGAAAGGGAGCGGGAGAGGGAAAAGGAGAGGGAGCGAGAGAGAGAGAAAGAGAGGGAAAGGGAGAAAGAAAAAGAAAGGGAGCGGGAGAAGGAAAAGGAAAAAGAAGAAAAAGAAAAACUGGAGAAGGCAAAAGAGCAGGAAAGGGAGAAAGAGAAAGAAAAGGAGAUGGAGAAAGAAGAGAAGGAGAGUGAGAAGGAGAAAGAAGAUGAGAAACCAGCACAUGAGGUUCCUGAGCCUGUAGAACCUGUGGCAACACCUGUAGUAGAAAAACAAGAAAGUGAAACCAGAAAUAACAAGGAAGAAAAAGAAGAUCAAGCAGUCUUUACCCGACAAGAUAGUAGUCGGAAUGAGAAAGAGAUUUCACAAGUGACUCAUGAGAGUGAGCCAGAUUCAGGAUCUCAGCCUCGUCCUGCUGUUUCCUCAGGCUAUUCUAAACAGUUCCAGAAAUCAUUACCACCAAGAUUUCAGAGGCAACAGGAGCAAAUGAAACAGCAGCAGUGGCAGCAACAACAGCAAGGUGUCCUUCCACAGUCUGCUCCCUCACAGCCUUCUAGUGGCCCUGUCCCGCCUCCCCAGCACAGACCCCUUUACCAGCCCAUGCAGCCGCAUCCUCAGCAUUUAGCUUCAAUGGGCUUUGAUCCACGGUGGCUUAUGAUGCAGUCUUACAUGGACCCACGAAUGAUGUCAGGAAGACCUGCAAUGGAUAUGCCUCCUAUUCAUCCAGGAAUUAUGCCUCCCAAACCACUGAUGAGAAGAGACCAGAUAGAGGGGUCAGCAACCAGUUCAGAUUCAUUUGAACAUAUAGCUCGCUCAGCAAGAGAGCACACUGUUCCUUUGUCAGAGCCCCGCAUGAUGUGGGGGUCGGAUCCAUACCCCCAUGCAGAACCUCAGCAAUCUAGUUCUCCUCCCAAAGUGUUAGAAGAGCCUGACGAUUUGAGGUCUGAGGCACACUUGGAGCAAGAACGAGUUGCUGUCCCUGCUGCUGCUUAUCCUGUAGAACACAACCAGUUGGACUCUCAUCCAAAGACAGACUUUUUCAGAGAAUCAGGAGAGGUGGAGGUACAAAAGUUCCCAAGCAGGCCUUUGGAAGAUGUACAACCUCUCCAAACUGACACACCUAACACAGCAGUUAAUUUUGAAGGAGUGAAUGAGAAAGUCACACAUAGCUCUCCAGAAGAAUUGGUGUCUGUGGGGGAAAGUCACUCUUCACUAAAGAGAAGCAUUUCCCAUGGUUCAAGUCACUCUCUAAAAUCAGAAGAUCAGAGGAAUGAGACAGCAACAAAUAUCCCUAAAUUAAAUAACAGGCCUGUUGAGACAAAGGAGACAAUUGAGAGACUUGAGAUUAAGCCAAAAAAAGAAAUUUUGAUCAAUAAUAGAACAUCAGAAGGACCAAAACCUGAAAAAACUUUCAAACCUAAGUCUGAAACAAGAUGGGGUCCUAGGCCAGGUUAUGGCAGGAGAGAUGAAGGCAGCGAUAGACCAGUAAGAAGAUCAGGUCCUAUUAAAAAACCUGUGCUUAGAGAUAUGAAGGAAGAGCGUGAGCAGAGAGAAGAGCGUGAACAGAGGAAGGAGAAAGAAGGAGAAAAGACAGCUAGUGAGAAACCUAGCAAGUCUGAAAAAAGUGACAAAAAGGAAGCACCUCAAGUGCCACUGCCUCAGGCUGAGCUAGAGACAUCCGCCACUAGCAGCGCUCUGGCUAAGAAGAUAACCCAGGAUGCUGCUCCAACGCCAGCAAGCCAGGAGAGCAGUCAAACUGAGACUGCAGCUAAAGCUCUGGUUCAGCCACCCACACCUCCAGUCCAGCAGCAGCUACCAGCUGCCCAGCCUGCUGCUCCACAGCUUCCCCCUGCAGUACAGCAGCAGCCACCUGCUCAACCAGCAGCACAGCAGCAGCCACAUGUUCAGCAGCCAGUUACUGCAGUGAAGGAAGAGAAGCAGACUGAGAAGGUAGUUAGCAAAGAGGUUGUAGAGAAACCACGCUUAGAAACCAGACCAGUAAAAAGAGAGCCUGGCUUACCACCUAGGACAUACUGGAAAGAGGCUAGGGACAGAGACUGGUUCCCAGAUCAGGGAUACAGAGGCAGAGGUCGUGGGGAGUAUUAUUCUAGAGGUCGUAGCUACAGGGGUUCUUACGGAGGACGUGGUCGGGGCAGUAGAGGCCAUAAUAGAGAGUACCCACACUACAGAGAUCCUAAGCCUAGAUCAGACCACGUGCCUUCGGGGCCUGUUAGGCAAAGAGAAGAGAGCGAAACUCGCAGUGAGAGUUCUGACUUUGAAGUAAUCCCAAAACGACGGCGACAGCAUGGUUCAGAGACAGAUUCUGACAGCGAAGUUCAUGAAAGCGCAAGUGACACGCUGCUGUCAGACAAAGAAAGCCUAAUCAAAGGCAAGCACCCAAAAAGAGAAGAGAGAGCUGAUGGCAAGAAGCCUCCAAAGCCCCUGUCGUUCAAACCUGAAAACAAUAUCAGGGUAGACAACAGAUCCCUAGAAAAAACAUACAUAAGAGAUGAUGAGAACAAACCCAAACCAGGAUUUCUUCCUAAAGGAGAGCCUUCUAGACGAGGCAGAGGGGGAAUGUAUAGACGUGGUGGCAGAGAUCCUGGUGGGCGUCCUCCACGUCCAUCCACAAUAAGGAGACCAGCCUACAGAGACAAUCAGUGGAACCCUAGGCAAACAGAGAUCAUUAAACCAGAAGAUGGGGAGCCUCCGAGAAGAAAUGAACAUUAUGGUCCUAUACCAGUUGAUAAAAGACCUCCAAAAUUUGAGAGAAAGUUUGAUCCAAAUAGAGAGAGGCCAAGAAGACAAAGGCCUGCUCGGCCUCCAAGGCAAGAUAAGCCACCACGUUUUAGGCGCCUAAAAGAAAGAGAGGCCGCAUCAAAGAUAAAUGAGGUGGUAGCCAGCUCAUCAACAAGUGCCACAGUUAGUAAUGCAGUUAAUGAGCCCUCCAACACUGCUCUGGAUGUGUCAGGAAGUAAGACACCAGACUUGUCAAACCAGAAUUCUUCAGACCAGGCAAAUGAAGAGUGGGAAACAGCCUCAGAAAGCAGUGACUUCAAUGAGAGGCGGGAGAGGGAUGAGAAGAAAACAGCAGACAUAGCAGCACAGGUGGUUGCAAAGGCAGGAGAAAACACUGGAGCUCCAAAAAGGGAAAUAGCCAAGAGAAGUUUCUCUAGUCAGCGGCCUGGAAUAGACCGUCAAAACAGACGUGGCAAUAAUGGGCCAGCUAAACCAGGGAGGAACUUCUCAGGGCCUAGGAGUGACAGGCGGAGUGGUCCUCCACCCAGAAGUGGAAAAAGAGGACCAUUUGAAGAGCAGACAGCAACUGUGCCUGGUGUUGAUCCCACCAACAGCAACUCUAUACAUCAGGAGGAUGGAGGUGUUACUGCUGCAGGACAGAAGAGCACCAAGGAUGCAAGUGGCAAAAAGAGAGAAGAACCUAAGGCUGGUCCAAAGAAGCCUAAGGAAAAAGUGGAUGCCUUGUCUCAAUUUGAUCUUAAUAAUUAUGCAAGUGUUGUGAUCAUUGAUGAUCACCCUGAAGUGACAGUAGUUGAAGAUUCCCAAUCUAACUUGAAUGAUGAUGGUUUCACAGAAGUGGUGUCUAAGAAGCAACAAAAACGCUUGCAAGAUGAGGAGCGCAGAAAGAAGGAAGAACAAACAGUGCAGGUUUGGACCAAAAAAGGAUCAAGCGAAAAAGGCCGAGGUCAGAAUUCCAAGCUCCCACCCAGAUUUGCCAAAAAGCAGCAGCAACAGGCAGCAGCCGCAGCUGCGCAGCAGGCACAAGCUCAGGCACAAGCUCAGGCACAGCCUCCGUGUACAACACAGACUCCAGGUCAGCCACAGGCUUCUGUUCAGCCACAAAACCAGGCUGCAGGAGGGACAGCCGGCACAGAAUACGCAGUGACAGGAAAAGUUCUGCAAAACACCCAGGCUCACAAUGGUCUAGGAACUGAAUUAUGGGAAAACAAGGUGCCUCCUACAGCAGUUCUAAAUGACAUCUCCAAAAAAUUGGGACCCAUUAGCCCACCUCAGCCACCUUCGGUCAGCGCUUGGAACAAGCCUUUGACAUCUUUUGGUUCAGCUACAUCUCCAGAGGGGACAAAGCCUGGGCAGGAAGGUGGAGUCGAUCUUGGUAUAGAAACUAUUCAGUUUGGAGCCCCAGCUUCCAGUGGCAGUGACAAUGAAGUUGGCCCUGUACUCUCUGAGAAGUCUGCUGACAAGCUGCCAGAACCAAAAGAGCAAAGACAGAAACAGCCUCGGGCUGGACCCAUCAAAGCACAAAAGCUUCCAGACUUGAGUCCGGUAGAAAACAAAGAGUAUAAACCUGGGCCUAUUGGGAAAGAGCGUUCUUUAAAGAACAGGAAGGUGAAGGAUGCCCAACAGGGAGAUCCUGAAGCACAGGAGAAGCCAUCUCCCACCUCUGUCAGAAGUCCAGAACCUGUCACUACAAAGGAAACCAAAGCAGCAAGUGAACUGAGCACGGAAAUAGGAACAAUGAUAUCUGUGUCUGCUCCAGAGUUUGGAACAAACACAAAGGAGUCUGUAACAGACUACACUACACCUUCUUCUCAUCCUAACACAGUGGCUACUAGCAGUACAAAAAUGGAGGAGACUUUGGUGACGAACGUGCCCCUGCCCCACACCCUUCCCCUCCCUAGGAGGGAGACUCUACAACAGAGCUCCAGCCUAACUCCAGUUUCUCCCGCUACCGUCGACCUCACCCUCAAGAUGGAGUCUGCACGCAAAGCAUGGGAGAAUUCCCCAAAUAUGGGGGAGAAGAGUUCGCCAGUGACCUCAGCAGCAUCUCCCAUUGCUGGUGGCAGCGGCAGUAGCAGCAGCAGCAGCAACACUGGGCCAAGCAGUGGUACUUACAGCUCUUUCUCUAGUGCAUCAAUGCCUCCUAUUCCUGUGGCUUCAGUUACACCGACAACUUCCCUGUCAGGAGCUGGAACAUACACAACCUCUUCACUGAGUACAAAGACUGCAAGCACCUCAGACCCUCCCAAUAUAUGUAAAGUGAAACCACAGCAGUUGCAGACGAGCAGCCUAGCUUCUGCCAGUCACUUUUCCCAGCUGAGCUGCAUGCCAUCCCUCAUUGCCCAGCAACAGCAAAGUCCCCAGGUCUAUGUGUCUCAGUCUGCAGCAGCUCAAAUCCCAGCAUUUUAUAUGGAUACAAGUCAUCUAUUCAAUACCCAACAUGCGCGUUUGGCACCACCUUCUCUGGCCCAACAGCAAGGCUUUCAACCAGGGCUUUCUCAGCCUGCUUCAGUUCAGCAGAUCCCCAUCCCCAUCUAUGCACCUUUGCAAGGACAGCAUCAAGCUCAGCUGAGUUUAGGAGCAGCACCAGCUGUUUCACAAGCCCAAGAGUUGUUCAACUCCUCCUUACAACCUUAUAGAUCCCAGCAAGCUUUUAUGCAAAGUGGUUUGUCUCAGCCAUCACCAGUAGUUCUGUCUGGUACAGCCUUACACAACUUCCCAGCAGUGCAACACCAGGAGCUUGCUAAGGCACAGUCAAGCCUGGCAUUUCAACAGACUUCUAAUACACAACCUAUUCCUAUCUUAUAUGAACAUCAGCUCAGUCAAGCUUCAGGACUGGGAGGCUCUCAGCUUAUUGAUACACACAUUCUCCAGGCCAGAGCUACGCUCACCCAGGCUUCAAAUCUGUACUCUGGGCAAGUUCAACAGCCUGGCCAGAGUAAUUUCUACAACACUGCACAGUCUCCCAGUGCUCUCCAGCAGGUGACAGUACCUUUGCCAGGAUCACAAAUUUCUUUGCCCAACUUUGGAUCCACAGCACAGCCACUUAUUGCCCUACCCCAGUCUUUACAACCACCACUACAGCACACACCACCACAAGCGCAGGCUCAAAAUCUAAGCAGACCUGCACAAGUAACGCAGCCUUUCAGAGGAUUAAUCCCAGCAGGAACUCAACACAGCAUGAUUGCUGCAACUGGAAAGAUAUCGGAAAUGGACCUGAAGGCCUUUGGAGGUGGCAUUGAUGUUAAACCUGGAACACCACCAGUUAGUGGUAGAAGUACUACUCCAACAUCCAGUCCUUUCCGGGCCAGUUCUACAAGUCCUAACAAUCAGUCCAAUAAAAUGAACAGCAUUGUCUACCAGAAGCAGUUUCAGUCAGCAGCUGCUGCUGUGCGAAUGACACAGCCGUUUCCUGCACAGUUUGCACCACAGAUCCUCUCUCAGCCUAACCUGCUCCCUCCAUUGGUAAGAGCCCCAUAUACUAACACCUUCCCAGCGCCUGUUCAGAGGCUGCCAGUAGCACUGCAUAGUCAGAUGCCGUCUCAGAUGACCACAGGCCUUAUGAGCCACCCUCAUUUACGGCGUGUGGCCAGAGGUCUUUGUGGAUCAGUAUCUGGAGCCAGAGGCAAUCAGGCCCAGGCUGCGAUGAAGGCUGAACGAGACAUGAAGGCAAAGCAGAGAGCAGAGGUACUUCAGUCGACCCAGAGAUUCUUUUCUGAGCAGCAGCAGCAGAGCAAACCCAUAGGAGGCAAAGCACAGAAAGUGGAUGAGAACGGGAACAAACCCACCGAGGCAAUUGCUGACUCUUCAGGAGUCUGCCAGGACAAAACCGAGGAAAAGCCUACCCCUGCGCCUGCUGCAGCAACAAAACCUGUUAGAACUGGACCAAUCAAACCUCAGGCAAUCAAAACCGAAGAAACAAAAUCUUAGAGGCUGUAUUUCCAUGGAGGUGGGGGAAGAGGGGGAGGGUGGGUGAGAUGACAGCAGCAUGAAUUUGUAGCCCAAAGGACGAGACAACAGUCUUCUCUCCCUGCAGGGCUCUGAACAGCGUAAAGGGACAUAGAAGCUAUUAGCAGUUAUGGAUGCGAACUGCUGCAUAUCCAACUGAGCUUCUAGGCUCUUUGGGCUUGUAUCUUCUCUAACAGCAUGAAGGCUGCUUUUGGUGUGUGCACAUUCUACAUGUGUGCGCGUGUUUUGGCUUACACACCUGUAUGCUUCCCAAAGUGAAAAAAAAUUUGAGAAAUGGCAACAGCGGGGAAGAAGGUGGUCAGGGAAGCAUGUUCCUACCUGAUGAGAUGAAUACUCUUUAUUUUUCUUCAGGCUCUGAUCUUCAGCUGCUAUUUAUCUUUUUAUAAACCCCUGAGUAGGAGAACAUGCAGAUCUGAAGAUGGUGCUGGGCCAAGUAAUGUGUGUUAAGUUUUUAGUGACUUAAGAAACUUCUAUCUUGUAAUAAACAGAGGGAUUCAUAUAGCUGGCAAAAUUGCGUUUGCCAUGUGACAUCUAACCUAAGGUAACACAAAGAGUAACGCUGAUGAUGUUGAAUUCCCCUCUGAAGGCAGUGCUUUGCUGGCUGCUGCUUCUUGGAUGACAAUAUACUGUAUUUAGAUCACCAUAUGAAAAUGCUACUUGGCCACCUGUGUUCUCUACACCCACUCCUCCCUCAGUCGUUCACCUCUGGAGUUGAAAGGUUCAUUGCAUCAAUAGUCAAAUUUGUUCUGUUCACCUCUGUCCAGCUAUCUUUAUAUGAUGCGAGUGGUCUUUAAACGGUUUCCAGCUUAUGUCUGUAUACAGCAAUGAGCACUUAGAACUGUGCCACGAGAAUAAAAGAAACCUUAUCAGAUUAAAGAGAAUUUUAUCUAAAAGGUGCAUUCUUUAUAUCAGAGCUGCGUCGCACCACCUCCUUGCCCACAGUGUGCUGGAAAGUAGAAUCAAGUCAAAUAAAUGCCUUUUUAAUUGUAUCCUCUAGUAUUAUAGCUGUAGGACAGUACUGUAUGAUACUUCUGUGAAUGUAAGAUAUCCUGUACCUGCUUAUGAUAUGUAGUAGUGACUGUGCUAUACUGGAGCUGUUUUUAAUAAUGUUAUUCUAGAGGUUUUUUUCCAGACAAUGAUUGAAAAAGCUAAUAAAAAGCACCAGGUACCACAUCAGUAGCAGAAUUUGCUGUUUUUUUCUGGGAUUUUUUUUUUUUUUUUUUUUUACAUUUUUUUGGAAGGAAGAGUUGAGAGUCUAAUGUGUAUAAUUUUGUUCAAAUGACUGCAGAAGCUGGAAAGGCUGUUGCUGCUAUUGAUGCCUAGUGAAUCGCUAUUGGUUAUCUUUUUAUAUAAAUAUAUAUAUAAUUUGAAUUUUUGGAAACUUUAGCUGUGAUGUCAACUUUGGAAAAAAGUAUCCCACUUGUAGUGUGAGUUGGCAUUGUACAGAAAUUAACAGCCAUAUUGGUCUAGAAAUGUUAAACUUAAUUUUUUUUCCAUUUGUACAGGGGUAACGCACUGUAUUAAAUAUGUACGGUCUUAUUUACAUGGGUUUGAUUACAGAAACUAAUAAAGUAUUCUCUAAAUAAA